AUGGCCAGAGUCAUGGCUGGCUGGGGGCUCUUUGACUGGCGGGGCAGCUGGACUCUCUCAUUGCUGCUGGGCUAUUUCUGCUACCUGCUGCUGGGUGCUGCCAUCUUCCAGCUGCUGGAGAAGCAGGCAGAAGCUCAGUCCCGAAACCAAUUCCAGCUGGAAAAGCUACGCUUCCUAGAAAAUUACACCUGCCUGGACCAGCAAGCCCUGGAACGGUUUGUGCAGGUCAUUAUGGAAGCCUGGGAGAAAGGUGUGAACCCAACUGGAAACUCCACCAACCCCAGCAACUGGGACUUCAGCAACAGCUUUUUCUUUGCAGGAACGGUUGUCACCACCAUAGGCUAUGGAAAUCUGUCCCCCAGCACAGAAGCAGGUCAGAUUUUCUGCAUCUUCUAUGCCCUGUUUGGAAUCCCACUCAAUGUGGUGUUUCUCAAUCAUCUGGGAACAGGAAUAAGGUCUCAACUAGUCACAAUUGAGACUUGGGGACAUCGACCAAGACGCUACCAGGUGGUGCAGACCCUGGGCCUUGCUCUGUUCCUGAUGGUGGGGACCUUUCUCCUCCUCAUCUUUCCCCCCAUGGUCUUCAGUCACGUAGAGGGCUGGAGCUAUGGUGAGGGCUUCUAUUUUGCCUUCAUCACCCUCAGCACUAUUGGCUUUGGGGACUAUGUUGUAGGCACAGAUCCUGAUAAGCACUACAUCUCUGUGUACAGGAGUCUAGCUGCUGUCUGGAUCAUCCUGGGCCUGGCCUGGCUUGCUCUCAUGCUACCUCUGGGACCCUUGGUGCUGCACCAACUCAUGCAUCUCUGGCCACAGAGCAAGGAUCCUACCUCUAAAAAGGGAAUAGUUCCUGAGGCAGAUGGGCUUUCUCACCCCAUGAAGCUCCCUAUAGCCGUAUGAAUUCAGGGAGCAGUUCUAACCUGUAUCCCACCCAGCUUCUCCUACCUUCGACUCCCACAAAGAUUACAGUAGCCUAGUCUUUCUUUUCCCUGACCCUGAUUCCCUCUCCAUAUCUGUCUCUUAUUGGUCAUUCAUCAAUGACUCCCCAAUAAUGGCUGCCUAUACCUCUGUCACUUCUAACAGUGUGGCCCCAACAAGAGGAAAGAAGCCUAAAAUACCCAGGCAAAUGAUAGAGUUUGUCAAAAGACAAACAGGGAAGCACAAAAUAGAGACCCAUUCUCACCAGAUUCACUUGUCCCUUUCUCCAUCUCCUUCAAAGUCAUGUGUAGAAUUCAACCUCCCAUUUUAGUUACCUUCACUCCAAGACUCUAGGAGAAAAACCCUCACCCCAAGCCUUACAGAAAACACUACACUUUCUCACCGAAGCAUGACGACAAGAUCCACAAUAGCAACCCCUCCCCACCAGACAAACCUGGAAUUUAAGUACCCUCCUCCUUUAGAAAGGUCAUUUAGGCUUUCUUGAUUCAGGUGGCAUGGCAAUGGAAGGAGAGCUAUCCAAAGAAAGAACAUCCUCUGUCCUAUUUCUCAGCCCUUAAGGGUAAAUGUACAAGGUAGAAAUAGUAAAACUAUGUGUAUACAAGACAACAGUUACCUGGACCCUGUUGUCUGAUCUUGCCAAAGGAGCAAUGCUAGCUAAGUCAUGCCCUUAAGUGUGGAAUACUGUUCACAAACACAGCUUCUAAGUCCUAAGAUAUAAUAUUGAGGCUUCCUCUUGGGACAAGUCAUGAACAUAUGUUCUCCCUUUCCCCAUCCCCUAUACCUGUGUCUCUUCUUCUAUUUGUAACAUGUUUAAAUACAUGCUCACAGAUCAUGACAUAAGAUCUUUUCUACAUAAUGCUCUUCCAGAGACCAAAUGACCAAAAGAAAACAAGCCAGAAGAGUGUAUGGGACCUCUGAAGUUUGUUCUCCCAAGGAACAGAAUGGGGAGAUGUUCUGUGAAUGAGGGAACAACAUGAUCUCAAAUUUAGGAUGAGUCAGUUUGCCCGAAGGGCAGAGGGAUGGACUAGACCAGAAGUCUCCAAAUCACUGUUCUGCUCCCCCCCCCCCAAGGCCUGCUGGUAGUGUGAACAGUAAACAGAAAGGGGCAGCAUGUGAGCACCCCUGAUUUUGUCAUUUUAAGGCCCUAGAUAUAUGAGACAUGCUGCCUAAACCUCUGUCACUUCCAACAGGGUAUCCCAACUUCCCAUCAGUCAGCAAAUGUCCAGUCUCACAGCUAUUAGCAUAAAAGGGAUGGGAGGAGGGCUGGAACAAGAGCACAAUCUCAUCUCUAUUGAUAGAAAAAGAGGUAGUAAUCUGGUAUAUAAGAGGUGACAAAAUGACAAAGAACUUUCAGAAGAGUAAGAGAAUGGGAGAGGGAAGGUAUCAAAUUGGAAAAAAUAAUGGGCUUCUCGGAUCCACACAGUCUCAAUGGAUGAUGGGCUGGUAGAAAAUAAAGUGUAACAUUUGAGGGUAAGCUAAAUCACUAUUCCUUACUGAUUGAAAAAUCAAUUGAAAAGUGAGUCUGGGUGACUUCCAGUUUCCCUCAGGUAAUGAUCCUCACCCAGUGCCUAAUACUUUGGAGGUGGGAAAUAAAUUGGUAGGGUCUGAAAAGGCCAUUUAGAUGGCACACCUCCAGAGUCUACAAGUAAAUCAGUCAUGGGCCUACAUGA